AUGUCUCAUAAAUCAAUGAAUCAAAACGAUCACAUAAAAAGACCGAUGAAUGCUUUUAUGGUCUGGUCAAGAGGUCAAAGAAGGAAAAUGGCCCAGGAAAAUCCUAAAAUGCACAAUUCGGAAAUAUCUAAAAGAUUGGGAGCUGAAUGGAAAUUAUUAACGGAAAUGGAAAAAAGGCCCUUCAUUGACGAAGCUAAAAGGCUUAGAGCUUUGCACAUGAAAGAACAUCCAGAUUAUAAAUAUCGGCCGAGAAGAAAACCAAAAACAACGGUUAAAAAAGAUACAAAAUUAGGAGGAUUUUCCAUAUCUCCUAUUAUUUCAUCUGGAAUAGAUACGUUUCAAAGAUCUCUUUUACCUCAUCCUCCGCCAUCUUCGGGACCUCCACAUCCGCCACCGCCGCCACCACCACCACCACCUCCUCCUCCUCCUCCAUCUUCACAACUUUCCAUAUUGGGUGAAGAUUCGUUAAAAUUUUCGAGAAGUAUAUUUCCUCCAUUUUCUUAUCCUCUGUAUCACGCAGCGAGAUUACAAGCCGAAGACCUUUCCACGACAACGACAACGAACAAAGUGGCAGCAGAUUUAGCUUUUCUUUACGGGAGUUCUUUAUAUUCUCAAGCUGCGGCCGCGGCUUCGGUCACUUGGCCCAUAACUUGCGGAUGUCCUCCACCGACGGAUUUAUCUCCGCCGAGAAGUCCAGAUUCCGUUAAGCGACAGGUCGCGUACCUGGUAGUUAACAAGGAUGAAUCAUCGGGUCAAACGUACGCGAGAACGGCGGCAUCGCAACACGUUAUAUGA